AUGGGUCUUCAAAUGUUCCAGUUACAUAAUAAGGUAAUUGAUCGAAUUGAAGCAUCACCAUGGCAAAUUCGUGAAACAAAUAUUAGACUUGUUAUUGGCUUAGUGGUACUUUUCUUUUAUUUACUAAUUGGUGCUAUUGUCUUUGUGCAGAUUGAAAGUCCAGCUGAAGAAAGUGAUAUGGAAGCAUAUCAGGAAUUUCGAUCACAAUGGGAUCAGUUAUUAAAAAAGGCAGGAUUUAAAGAAAACGAUAUUGAUCAGUUAUUUACUGAUAUUCGUAUAAUGGCACUAAAAGGCAUUUGGACAGAAAAAAAUGUAACAACAGAGCCUAGUUGGACUUUUGGCCAAGCAUUUUUCUUUGUUGGAGCAUUAAUUAGCACAGUUGGCUAUGGACAUGUAUCACCACGUACACGUGAAGGUAAAUUUUUCACGAUAAUUUAUUGUUUAAUUGGUAUACCGAUGACGUUAGCAUUAUUGUCAGCAUUAAUGGUAAGGUUAAAGAAUCCAAGUGUUUGGCUUCGAUGUAAACUUAAUACAAGACUUGGACAUCUAUUUCGUGAUACACAAAUUCAGAUAAUUCAUCUUAGUUUUGUAAGCACACUAUUGCUAUUAUUUGUCUUUGUUGUGCCAUCGUAUAUAUUUACAAAAAUUGAAACAGAUUGGGAUUUUUUGGAUGCAUUUUUCUAUUGCUUUGUCUCAUUGACAACUAUUGGUUUGGGUGAAUAUGUACCAGGUGAUCAACCUGAUCAGCAAUUCAGGACUUUUUACAAAAUUAUUGUGACAGUUUAUCUGAUAUUUGGUCUAUCAUGCAUGAUGUUAUUCCUUGCUACACUCUACGAUAUACAGCAAUUAAAUCUGAGUCGUUUCUUUUUGACAAGAGACAGUGGAUAUGUUAAUCCAUCCUACGAUGAUCAUCACGAAACAUUUGCAGUUACCAAUCAG